AUGGCUUAUAACGGAGGAUACCCCGCCCAGCGUCCCUUCAAUGGGCCAGGAGCACCACGGCCGCCACCUCAGCGCCAGUACACUCCUGGCCCGGGACCACAACAGUACGACCAGCAGUACGACCAGUACCAGGAUGAUUACGGUCAGGGAUACGACGGAUACUAUGAUCAGGGCUAUGGGCAACAGUACGACGACAGGAACUUUGCUCAACGAGGCCCGCCUCCGAGAGAUCCGUACGGGCCAGGCCCUGGCGGUCCCGGUAGAGGAGGCCCUAUGAAUGGGGGCCGGGGCGGUCCUAUGCCGAGACCUCCACCGGGGAGGGGAUACCCUCCGAAUGGCGCACCAGGGCGAGGGCGCCCUCCAAAUGCUGGAGCUCCUAAUUCCGAUCCUACCAGAGAGCCAGGAUUUGGAGACAGCCCAUUCCCAACAUUCCCAGGCCAGCAUCGUAAGACAAAUCUCGAUAAAGAACAACAAAUUCUCAGCGACAUGGGCGCUCUGGAUAUUGACAACAAGAAAAAAGGCCCGAAAGGCAGGGCCCCUACACGAGGUGCUUCCAUAGACGACUACGGUCCUCGACCGUCCAUGGACUCUCAGCGAGGCCCGCCCCCACCGCGAAACUACCCACCGCAAGGCUACCCAGAGCAAAGGCGAGGGCCACCACCUGGUCGGGGAGGUUACGGCGACUACCCCGAGCCAGGUUUCGGGCCGCCGAGCAGGACGAUGACAAUGCCAUCGAACAUAGGAGGCAUGCAGGAGAUGGCACCGCCACCGCACCGGUCAGAUUCCGCACCAUACGGUCCGACUGGCCGGGGGAUGCCUAUGGCACGACCGUCAACCGCGUCAGGACAUCGCCCACCACCUCAGCGGAUGCCUCCACCGAAUCAGCAAGGAGCAGGCUAUGGCGGCCAGGGAUAUGACUAUGGUCCGGAUCAGGGAUACGGAUAUGAUGAUUAUUACAACGAUUAUUACGACGAGCAAGGAGCGAAUGGAUACCAGCCGCCGCCGCCGGCGGAACCAGACAUGCCCAACUUUGACGCGGCUCCUCGGGGCCGCAACUCUUUGGAUCUGUCCAUGCAAUCCGGUGCGCCAGAGCCACAAAGAGGGCCUGGCCGAAUGCCUGGACUGAGCACUGCAAAAUCCCAGCCUGAUCUGCGCCAGCCACAGCAAGCAGUAUUCGAGAUGGCGCAGGACGUACCACCAAUGCCACCACCGGGAGGCCAGGGCGGUUACGGUGCGAGGAUGAACGGCCCAAGCCCUCCUCAGGGUGGGUUUGGACUGCCCAGCAAUCCUCAGGGUGGGUUUGGGCUGCCCAGCAAUCCUAUGCCAGUUCGCGCGGGUCACCAACAGACACCACCAAAUGCCAAUCCAGACACCUUGCCGUCUCAUCCUCUGCCCGUGAGAGCAGGUCACAUGCAGGGCGCUCUGGUCAACAACAAGCCACCGCCAGUCCGCAAUUACGGCGGCACUCCUACACCGGCACCUGGCCCAACCCCUUCUCCUGUGCCCACGCAGGGCAGUGCUGCACCUCGCGCUCCAUCACAGGCAGAGCCGCCUGUGACGACCGAGGAGCUGGAGCGUCUGAGGAAUACUGUCAAAGUGAACCCACAGGACCAGGCAACAGCAUUGCGCUUGGCAAAGAGACUGAUGCAAGCUGCCGAUGUGCUUGUGCCCAAUGUGGCAGAUCCAAAGUCCCGCCAUCGAGCCCGCGAGCGUUACGUCAUGGAUGCGCAGAAGAUCUUGAAAAAGCUGUCGAAUGCUGGCAAUUCUGAUGCAAUGUUCACACUGGCUGACGGGCUCGGCAAGGGAUUUUUCGGCUCGGAGCCUGACAACAAGGAGGCUUUCACGAUGUAUCAGUCUGCAGCAAAACUUGGCCAUGCUGCAGCAGCCUAUCGCACAGCCGUGUGCUGCGAGAUUGGCAACGAGGAGGGCGGCGGCACACGAAAAGAUCCUUUGAAGGCAAUUCAGUGGUACAAACGCGCCGCCAUGCUGGGCGACACCCCGGCCAUGUACAAAGUGGGAAUGAUACUGCUCAAAGGACUAUUAGGACAGCAGAAGAACCCCCGUGAAUCCAUUGGCUGGUUGAAACGGGCAGCAGAAAGCGCGGACAGCGAAAACCCACAUGCGCUCCACGAACUCGGCUUGCUCUAUGAGUCUGCUGGACCGAACGACGUCAUCCUGCGUGAUGAGCCGUACGCUUUCAGGCUGUUCAAGCAAGCUGCGGACCUCGGAUACAAAUUCAGCCAGUACCGUCUGGGAUGUGCGUAUGAAUACGGACUUCUUGGCUGUCCCAUCGAUCCAAGACUCUCGAUCAUGUGGUAUUCCAAGGCGGCGGAGCAGGGCGAGCACCAGUCCGAGCUUGCUCUUUCUGGGUGGUAUUUGACGGGCAGCGACAACGUGCUCGGCCAGAAUGACACUGAGGCGUAUCUGUGGGCGCGCAAAGCCGCGAUGGCUGGCCUAGCAAAGGCAGAAUAUGCAAUGGGUUACUUCACGGAGAUGGGCAUCGGCAUUCCUGCGAACAUGGAGGACGCGAAGAGAUGGUACUGGAGAGCAGCUGCCCAGGAUUUCCCGAAAGCCCGCGAGCGCCUCGAAGAGCUGAAACGGUCCGGUAAGAACGGCCCCCGCCAACGAGAGCGCAUCACGCGCAGCAAGAUCGGGCAGCAGAAUGAGGAGGGCGGUGCGGUGGUGAAUGGGGUGAUCAUGAAGGGGUUGACAGCCACGCUUAAGCCUUCAGAGCAAUCGCAAAGCCGUGGCGAUGUCUUGAGGGAGAGGUACCAAGCUCUGGAGGAAUUUCAGAGGGGCAAGAGUCUACAACGAAGCCUCAGCCGGCCGGUGAUGCUGUCCUCGGUGAGGAGCUUCAGUUACGAGCUCCCGACGCAGAUCGCCGAGAUGGAACGCAUGAGCAGCCAGCGUAGCUCUUCGCCUGCGGUUCCACAGCCAAAUCAGACACCCCACUUGACACCUCGCAGAUCAGCUCCCUCUAGAUCGACCACUCCCCUGGCUGGGGAGGACACAGGUGGGGAAAACCCUUGA